UUGGUGUUGUUUAUUAUAAAUGAAAUUACUUUGGUUUGUUUUCACUCUUGUUUCUUGCUCUUUUGUUUCCUCAUCUUCUUGAUUAUCACCAAAAACCAUUUCCAUAGAUAGUUUUCUUGUUAUAUUCCAUCAGUGUAUCAAAUCCUUUUUGAGAGAGGGAAAGACAAGAGGCUGAUGCUUAUUACAUUAGUAUAUUAAUAUAGUAUAAACAGAGAUUAUAUUAUAUUAUCUCUUAUUGUAUUAUGUUAGAUAAAUACUAUUAUUAUUUACCAUAAUAUAUAUAAGGCAAGUACUAUUGACCUUAUAACCUGGUAAAUGGUAAAGUAUUAGAGAGAAAUUUGAAAAUGGCUUCAUCAUCAUUUUCCACUGGUGGUAAAUCUAAACGAUUCAGAUUUGAUGUUGAUGAGAGUAUAUUAUUGGAGAGAAAGUUAGAAGAUUCACUAAAACCAGGACUUGAUUGCGUUAUAAUUGGUAUUAAUCCUGGAUUAUCAUCAGCUUAUCAUGGUCAUCAUUAUGCUGGUGUUGGUAAUCACUUUUGGCCAUGUUUAUAUGCCUCAGGUAUAAUUGAUUGGUCAGCAACAUUCAAAGAUGAUAAAAGACUAGUUGACCAUGGUAUUGGUUUUACUAAUAUUGUUGAAAGAACAACUCGUGGCUCAUCUGACCUAAGUAAAGAAGAAAUUAAUGGAGCAAUACAAUUACGUCGUAAAUUAAUCCAAUACAAACCUAAGGUUGCAGUUUUUAAUGGAAUAGGAAUUUAUGAGAUUUUCUCUGGAACCAAAAAUUUUCCUCUCGGCCUUCAAAAGGAAACACUGGAUGGAACUUUAAUUUUCGUCAUGCCUUCAUCUUCUCCACGAUCUUCAGCUUAUCCUACACUUCAGUCGAAAUUAAAAUUCUACGAAAAAUUAAAAAAAUUACUUAAUUCACUUCGAAAUAAUCAAUUUAAUCAAUUGGAUCAAUUAGAGUUCAUUUUCCCUCCAACAGAAAAAAAGAACAAACAAACAAAUAGAAUGAAAAAUUCUCCAAGAGAUGUCGCUAGUUACACCGAACCAAAUCUCAAAGUCGAAAAUCAAUUAACCCUCAACCAAUUAUCAACUUGUAAAGAAGGUGAAACCAGUGGUACCAUUAAAGAAGACAAAGAAGAAGAGGUAACUGUCUGUUCCCGUUAUUUUCUUGGAUCAAGUGAUUGAAACUGUUACCAACAUAAAGGAAAUCAAGAAAGAAAAACGUUAACCUGGAAUUUGAGAUGAUAAUUUAUUAAUUUUCCAUCGUAAUCAAAUGAUUUGGAUUUUAUGGUGAUGUUGGUGGUGGUUUACUAAUGAUGAUGACAUUCACAAUCAGCAAUGUAUAAAUAUAUUUAUACGCAAAGAAGAGGAAGAAGGAAGGAAAAUAUAAAGAAAACAAAGAGAGAAAAGAAAGAAAAAAAAAGCCAAACAAUCAAGAUGAUAACCUAACCCCUCUCACCAGCUAUUAGAGAUGUAUUUAUAUAAAUAUAACCAGGAGAAGAUGAAGAAGAACCAAAAAAAAGGAUCCCCGAUGUAAUUUUAAUCUAACAACCUGUUUUUGGAGAUUCUUUUAUCACAAUUUACCUCUACUACUAUUACAACCAUUAACACUAUUGCUACUGGUACUUAUUACAUUAUUAUUAUUAAUAUAUAAUAACAAGUUUACCACCGUCAUCCUAACCACUACCAGUCUCUUCAUCAUCAUCAUCAUUAACAUUUUGGUUCAAUUCUAUUUUAAUCCGGUAUUCAUGAUGAAGGUUUUUCCUGGCAAUCAACCAACAUCAUCCUGAACACCGAGACUCACAAUCGAUCAAAGGAAUACAUCAACCACACACGAAACUGUUUCUCUUCAUCAUCAACUUCAUCAGUUAUGUUCACAUUCGUCAACAAUAUCAACGAGAGUGUCUCUCUCUCUCUCUCUCUCUCUCUCUCUCACA